GGGGGGGGGGCGCACGCGCAAGACUUGAUGGAAAUAGUGAAAAUAGUCGCACUUGCGCAGGCUACACUGGCUAGUCGCGUGGCGCCUUGUCGGGGGGGUUCGUCGUUUGCUAGCGCUCGGCUACAACGUGCCGCCGUCCCGGCCCCGGUGAUUACACCAGGGCCUGGCUACAUAGUACGGGAUUCUCUUGACAAAGCGCGUGGCGGGCGUAUUGCUGCCUUUUUCUAGCCGAAAUGAGCAUCUGCCCGCCGCGCGCGUGUUGCUUUAGAGAAACUGGCUUCCGGUCUCGGGAUAGGCUCACCGACGAUCACGAGCCAACGGUCCUAAUGUGACGGGUGGCUGCGCAUCUCCCAAGGCCGUGAUCCAACACGAAGAGGCGUCGUCUCGGGGAACGUGCCGUGGGGUUGCCUCUUGUUGCCUCCUGGGAAAAAGCCGGUCGUUGGCCACGGUCGGGAGAUUGCUGCGUGACGAGCGCGAGGCUUCCACAGGUUGCGCGUCGUAGCCUGGAUCCAGAAACCGGGUGAUUGUGGUGAGACGUGCGUAAGGUGACACCGGAGAUGAAGAAGAACGA